AUGACUUAUGACCCGCUUAUUGAGACCGAGGCAAAGGAAAAGUUCGCGGAUGUCUAUCAGCAUUUGCUCCAAGCAGGCGUCAACAGGAAUGAAUCCGAGCGCGAGGCAAAGCUGAAGAAGACGCUCGCCAGCGUCCGCGGGCGCGUGGUCGACCUCUGUAAACCCACACAGGACAAGUACGAGACAGCUGUAUCUGUCAUCCUUGGGCGCAAUAUCGACGCUAUCGUCGCGGAUGAAGAGAAAACUGCCAUCGAAUGCAUCGACUAUAUGCGCACCCAGCGCGCAGGUCAAGCAACUUUCCUCCCCCUCAACACGACCAGCACCAAGCCAAUCAACGACAAGUUCCGCUCAUUUACUAGAGGUGCACCGUCUCGCUGUGGACGUGAUCCACCGUUACAUUGGCGGGCACUGUCAUCUAUAAGAGUGGGCUCAUCACCGGUGGGCGCAGUACGGCAUGGUGGAGGAAAGAAGUGGGAGAAGGACGUGCAAGGCCUUUCCUGUCUUCGUGACAAUCUUGUGGCACAGCUUCAGGAAUUGGAUCACUCGAUACCGAGGGGCAAGACAGACGAAAACGUCAUUGCUGAAGUUACACGACUAGAGAGUGCUAUAGCUGUUAUAAGAGACGAUCUGUUUACUUUGAGCGCCAUCCUCAUCCCAGUCACCCGAUGCGAGUUAUUCAACAAGGCAUACAACCACAUUUCAGAUUGUAUCGACCAGGUCUAUAAAGACCUCACUAAAGGGAAGGCUUCGCCGAUGGGAGGCAUUGCAUAUCUUAGUUUACAGGACAGUGAGGAACCUUAUAAUGCCGGAAUCAAAUAUCAUGCCAUGCCACUGAUGAAGCGAUUCCGUGACAUGGAACAACUCUCGGGCGGGGAGAAGACUGUGGCUGCUUUGCCUGCACCGUUCUUUGUCCUUGAUGAAGUAGACGCUGCUCUGGACAAUACCAACGUUGCUAAGAUCGCUAACUAUAUCUAG